AUGGCGCCACCCAAGACACUUCUGCCUCUCCUCGCGGCUGUCCCCUAUGCUUCAGCUUGGGGAUCGCUUGGCCACACCGCGGUCGCAUACAUGGCGCAAAACCUCGUCUCUCACAAGACGGCCAAGUUUGCCCAGACCCUCUUGAACGAUACCUCGUCCGCAUACCUAGCCAACGUAGCAACCUGGGCCGACAGCUACCGCUAUGAGGCUGGAGGACAGUUCAGUUCCGUCUAUCACUACAUUGAUGCUCUCGACAACCCGCCUGAAAGCUGCAACAUCGACUUCGAGCGAGACUGUCCCGAAGAAGGUUGCAUUGUUUCUGCUAUUGCCAACUACUCCAGCCGCGCUUUUCAGAAGUCGGUCGGCAUCGUCGAGCAGCAGAAAGCACUCAAAUGGGUCGUUCACUUCGUUGGUGACAUUCACCAGCCCCUACAUGUAGAGAACAUCGCCGUGGGUGGCAACCUCAUCAACGUCACCUUCAACGGCGUGCGCACAAAUCUCCACUCCAUCUGGGACACAGCAAUUCCGCAAAAGGCAUACGGAAACUUCUCUCAGGCCAAUGCACUGGCUCUGGCCAACAACCUCACCGCGGAAGUAAAGCAUGGCAAAUUCAAGAAAGAGAGCAAGACGUGGCUCAAGGGCUUGAAGGCGAAAGAUGCAGUAAGCAGCUCCAUGACCUGGGCGCGCGACUCCAACAAAUUCGUUUGCUCUACUGUCAUACCCGACGGUCCUGAUGCAGUUUUCGCGCAAGAGCUAUCCGGAGCGUACUGGGACACGGCAAUUCCAGUCGUCACCAAGCAACUUGCAAAGGCAGGAUACAGGCUUGCUGCUUGGCUCGAUGCGCUUGUUGAGCUCAAUGAGAAGAAGGGUCAUGGACAGUGGACACGGGAAGAGAAGAGGGCAGUAGAACUACAGCCAUGGCAGGAAGAAGCGAGGCAGGCCCGACGUGACUUUGGGCCCGACUGUGGAUGCGGACCUCAGGGCUGGCACGUGGCCCGGUUACUCAGCAACCGCCGCCGGUGUUUCGGACUCUUCCCGCGUGCCGUUCACAUUUCACCGUUCACUGAACAUGUAUCCACUGCGAUCCACCGGCAAGUGUCUGCGAUGGGCAGGCCACCAGCGAGGCGAGCAUGCGACAGAUGCCAUAUUGUAAAAGAGAAAUGUAGGCGCAUCCCUGGCCAGGACGCGUGCGAACGAUGCCUCCGACUCCAGAACUCAUGUCAGACCCUGCGACCAGUCGGGACAGCCGGCCGCAAACCUCGGUACCAGCGCAAUGAAGAGAGUACACAGCGUCAGCUACACAUGGCUCGGAGUGAUAGCAGCCUUUCUACCGCUGCUUCAUCACCACAAUGCCCAGCCUCGGCCGCCAGCCCGGCUAUGCCGGAUUGGGACUUAGCAUCCCUGCCCAGGACUCCGUCUUCACUCGCGGACUUGACCGAGCGAGAAAUGCAUCUUGUCAAGGGUGUUUCCCAAGGAAGAACGCGCAUCGACCAGUUCUUGGUUGCUUCAAGCUUUCGCAUCACCCAUCACAAAGCUUUUGCGCAACAACUCCACGACGCUACUUUGUGGGUCCAGGACUCGUUGUUGGCCACUGCAGCUCUUCUGGCUUGCGAGUACGAGCCUGGAUCCGACUAUGAGGAUCGCAUCAUCGGCCACAGGCGCGCAGCUUCUGCAAUCUCCACCUUGCGGUCUGUAAAGGCUGUCGAUCUCGGUGACCUUCCUACCAUUCUGAUGCUUUCGGUAAGCGCAAUCACCUUUGCGCUACAUAUCUCUGGACAAGCGUUAGAGAUAUGUCGACAUAGUCUCAACCUCAUCAAGCCCGUAUACGAAUCAUCAACGGAGCUUACUCCAGAUUGCCUUGCCUUCGUAAUUUGUCUCGUCCAAGCCGAGACCGAAGAGUGCAUCCUACGGGGCGAGGUACCAACUCUACGAUUCACGGCUCGAGGGCUCGAUGACGUUGUUGAUCGGUACUUGGGCAUUGCAUCGCCCAUGCUACCGUACCUCUACGACGUCUGUACAAUCACCAGUACGCUACGUAAUGACAAGCACGUUGAUAUCUCUGCAAUCAUGCAAGCUUUAGACGCGAUCGAAGCGGCUGUCGAAGCGUGGGAGCCAAGAAUGCCUGAAGGUCAUAUCACUCGCUUCUUGCAGGAGGAGGUGGCCAGUAUACUGGCCCAAGCCAGAUUAUAUCGUUGGUCUGUGUUACUCAUUGCACACCGACUGCGACAUCCAUAUGGUUCGGCUGUAGAAAAAGGGACGGUCAUAUCUAACGCAAUCCUGGAAGAGCUACGUCUAACACUACAGUCCACCGGGCGCUCAGUGCCAGGCGCCACUGUCCCAUACAUGUUCGCUUGCUUCGAGUUGGUCGACCCCGUUAAAAGAGAAUUGGCACUCAAAAAGAUCGAUGCUGUUGUCGAGUUUUCGAAAGCGUGGAGGACCAAGAUCAAGAAACAAUUGACAGCAUUUUGGUUAAUCAAAGAUAACACGGAUCGAAUUCAUUGGAGCGACAUGGUGUCUUGGUUCCCUCAAUAA